AUGUACGUAUUCAGGUUUCCCAUCAGAUUUUCAUCACGGACUGCCAGGAAGGACGAGGACAACACGAUCACCGAGGAGGACUUCGCCCAGCUGAGCCUCCGCUUUCUGCGGAUCUUCCUCCCAGGGCUUACGCAGGAGGAAGAGAAACAUCUCUGUCAGAACUGUUGGCAAGAGGCUGCUGCGGGUCGACGGCGCUUGAGUUUCCUCGGCUUCUUCCCAUACUUGGUGCGCUUGGUACAGUCGUGGACCGAUUCCAGCGAUCCAAAUGACUAUGUGGAGUUUCUCCAAAAUCUCUUGGACCGUUGCACCUGCUUCCAAGUUGCUGGGCAGGAGCAGCCCGUCUUCCCCAAGCGCCUCGUGACCUUUCGCGCGGCGCAACGGGGAGAUGACCUUGGAGAUGGACGACUUGGAUUCAACGACUUCAUGGAAUCUGUGGAGCUUGUUUGCAGCGGUAGCUUAGAGGAAGUCCAGGUGGAGUUGCAGUUUGAGGUGCAGCAUGGAAUCAACUUUCACUCCUGUUUCUUUGAGGAGCAUUUUGAGGCCCCAGCUGAACCUUGUCGCAGAGUCUGGAUGGAUUUGGGGCGCGUGUGGCCGUUGGGCUAUGCAUCACUCGUGGCCAUCCGCAGUUUGCGGAAUGAACCGCCCAUGACCUUGAACUGUUCGGACAAGAAGGCCGACUUGCUGCAGUCUGCCUUGGAGACCUUGAAGUCUCAAGCUUCCGAAGCUCAGGCGGUCUGCCAGAUUUCCGAGGAGGGAAAGGUCUUGGUCUCACAGGGCGAAUUUGCCCCACGGCUCUUCAGUGCAGUGGUGAAUGAAGGCAUGAUCAGCGGAAGCUUCGUGCUGAAACCAAAUAGGGGAUCCUUUAUGCUGAAACUCUCAGAUCUGCGCAAGCAACUGUUGUUGCCGCAGAGCAAUGCUCGUUGGGCGGCAGAAAGCAUGGGCAGCUGCAAGCCUCAGCAGUGUUUGCCCAGCUUUCCGGAUUGGACGCAAGAGGCAUCAGAAGAGUUUGGAUCUGACUUUCGCCGCAAAUUCGGGAUCGGUUGGGUGUACGAUAAAGCCGCUCUUCCAAGAGGGCGCAAAAACCGAGCAGAUAUGCAGACAGCUUACAACUCUAUUUGGCUAGCCCUAGACGCUCUUCAUCCAACACUCCAUCCGGAAGGAUGUCAGCUGAGUGAUUGGCCCCAGUGGCCAGCUGAGCGAGAAUUUCACAAUGCUGUCCCGACAUUGCUGAGCCGGCAGAAGCCUUUGGAGGAAACAGUGAAUUUGCUGUAUAGUUCAUGGGUUAUUCAGUAUUGUGAAAAACUGUGGCAUUCAAAAGGCGGCGUUCAAGCAAUUGUAGAUGCAACCCCUGCGAUGAUUGUUGAUCAUACGUACCACCAAUUCACUCAUCAUGGCAUUGGAAACCCGGAGGAAGACUAUGCUUUGGCUGGUGUUCACACGGAAUGGGUCCCCGAAGGUAGCGUGGCAGCUGGAUCUAAUGAAGAGCACCCUUCGUUGGCUUGGCGAUAUUGUGCUGUCCAGCAAAGGAUACAAAUUGGCCUCCGGGAGUCUGCUGCUUUGCGUCAUACGUUGUCUAUGGUGUCUUGGAACGUGGGCGCAGCCAGGCAGCGACUAGACGUGGGCUUGUUCUGCUCGAAAUCUUUUGUUUGCGGGGCAAUCCAGGAAGCAAAUGAUGAGGUCUACGAGCAACUGCUGCGGCACGGCUGUAGAGUGUUUCGGCCUAACAACGAAGACAUUACAGCUUGGGUGUUUAUUGGUGAUCAAUUCCUCGAGGGUGGCGAAGUUAUUCACGAGCAUCUUCGAACCGACGCUCAAGGGCGCUGGAUUCUUACUGCCACUUUUGUCAAUUUGAGGUUAAAGGCACCUCACGAUUGGGGGGUCCGCGAGGUCACCUUAGGAAGUGCUCAUUUGAACAAUGUUGUUGCUAAAUCACCAGAUGUCGCGACUCAGGUGUUGGACGAGUUCUUGACUCUCGCCAACCAAUACAACGUAGACUUGAUCGGAUGCGAUCUGAAUCAAGGGAUUUGUCCUCGCAAGCGAGAAAUUUCGCCAUACCACGCAGCUACCAUUGCAGUGCUUGACCGGCUGAAGUUUCAAAAAAGGAUGCCUAUCGACUUGUUGGGAACAGCUGCAUCAGAUUGCGUUGGCUGGAUUAUGCGCCCUUGGUCUUCGUUUCGUGGAGUCAAACUGGCACGACAUGGCGCUAUUGAUUUUCAGCCCCUUGAUGUUGGGAUUCGGCGCUUUGACGGCGAUUCUCAUCAUCCGAGCUUUCUCUUCUUUGAGAUGAGCAACAAGCGAGCCCGAACUUCUGCAGGCUGGGCUGCCCGCCAAGAAAGGAAGAAGCAGAAUCUUGCUGUCAAAAAGAUUAUGAAGCGCAAUAGAUGA